UUUGUGACGUCACUGGGAAAGAUGGCCGCUCCCGUUGGGGUAACGCUGCUUCUGUAACACAAUUUCCUAUCAGGCUUGUGUUGAAUAUUCAGCUUGUAUUUAGCGCCACGUCUUAGCGGAGCGUUGUAACAGUUGUGGCCGAGAUGAAGACCUUCUGUGGGAGAGCCAACCCGACCACAGGAGCGUUAGACUGGGUGGAGGAGAGUGAGGAGUACGACUACCACCAGGAGAUAGCCAGGUCCUGUUAUGCAGACAUGCUGCAUGACCAUGACAGGAAUGUGAAGUACUACCAGGGAAUCCGGGCAGCUGUAGCCAGAGUGAAGGCCCGUGGGGAGAAGGUCAUCAUCCUGGACAUUGGGACAGGAACUGGCCUACUGUCCAUGAUGGCUGUCACUGCUGGAGCUGACUUCUGCUAUGCUGUGGAGGUUUUUAAGCCCAUGGCAGAGGCAGCGCAGUGCAUCGUGGAGAAGAACGGCUUCUCCGAGAAGAUCAAGAUUAUUAACAAACACUCCACUGAUGUCACUGUGGGGCCAGAUGGAGAUAUGCAAACGAAGGCCAACAUUCUGAUCACAGAACUGUUUGAUACAGAACUGAUAGGUGAAGGAGCCCUGCCCAGCUAUGAACAUGCUCACCAAAAUCUGGUCCAGGACGGUUGUGAGGCGGUCCCUCACCGGGCCACUGUUUACGCCCAGCUGGUGGAGUCGGAGUUGCUGUGGAGCUGGGCUCAGCUGCAGCCGGUAGAGGUGGAGGGGGCUCGUCUGGUCCCGCCGCCCGCCGUGAGCCGCUGUGCCGGAGCUCAUUCAGUGUGUGACAUCCAGCUGAGCCAGGUGUCUCCUCGCAGCUUCACCCCACUGGGUCCUUUGUGCACCAUGUUCAGUGUGGAUUUCAGUAAGCCAGUGAGCAGCGCGUUCCAGUCCCACUCCUCCCAGUUUGCAGCUGAGUCUGGCGGGCGGGCCCAGGUCAUCCUGUCCUGGUGGGACCUCGACAUGGACCCCAGUGGAAGCAUUGUGUGCACCAUGGCUCCCAGCUGGACAUACCCACAGCCAAAGAGGGCUCCGUGGCGGGACCACUGGAUGCAGAGUGUGUACUUCCUGCCUGUGGAGACCAGGGUGACAGAAGGACAGCAGCUGAGCCUGACUGUCUGCCAUGAUGACUACAGCCUGUGGUACAGCCUGCAGUCUCACAGUAAACAGGACCCACAGACUGACGCUCCUCCCUCUCGGCCGUGCUGUACCUGCCAGGCUCACCUGGUUUGGACCCGGCCGCGGUUUGGCGAACUCAACGACCGGCGGCGUACAGAGAGCUACGUCAGCGCGCUGCGCAGUGUUCUCAGGGAGGACAGUGUGUGUCUUGGCGUCAGUGAUGGAAGUCUGCUUCCUGUUUUUGCUCACGUGCUUGGAGCCAAAAAGGUCUACGGUUUGGAAAACUCCAGAAUGUCCAAACAGGUUAUUGAACAGGUGUUGGAAGCCAACUCGAUGAAAGGAGGUGUGGAGCUGCUGGAGAUCAGGCCUGAGCAGCUGACCAGUAAUGAUGUAGGAGCUGAACAGAUCUCAGUCCUGAUGGGUGAACCGUACUUCAGCACCAGCCUCUUACCCUGGCACUCCCUGUUCUUCUGGUACUGUCGGACCACCCUGGCAGGCCUUCUCCGGCCCAACGCCACCAUCCUGCCCUGCUCCGCCACACUUCACAUGAUGGCUGUAGAGUUCCAGGAUUUGUGGAGGAUACGAGCACCGUGUGGAACAUGUGAGGGCUUUGACGUCACACCCAUGGACGAAAUGGUCCAGCAAUCUCUGGAUUUCCGCGAGUCCCGUGAGGCGGAGCCCCAUCCUCUCUGGGAGUACCCGUGCCGUGCUCUGACCCAGUCCUCAGCCGUCAUGACCUUUGACUUCACACAGCGCGUCCCUCAGGAGUCAAUCAGCAGUCAGGGCUCACUGCCUCUCAUAAGGACUGGUCGUUGCCACGGUGUCGUGUUGUGGAUGGAGUAUCAUCUGACCGAUGACAUUUCUGUCAGUGCAGGUCUGAUUGGACCAAUCAGUGAGCAGGGCGAGUGCGAGUGGAGUCGACACAGGAAACAGGGAGUGUAUUUCCUCAGGUCGCCGUGGGAGAGCUCAGGCGAUGGCAGAGCCGCUGUGUCUUACAGCCUCACCUUUGAACCCAGUUUAGGAGACAUAAAGAUGGACUUCAGCGUCCAGUCUCAGUGAUGUGGAGCAUCUGGCUGAAGAAGUGACUCUUUAAAGACUUUACCUCACAUAACCGUUUGUGUUUUGGAUGCAUCUUUAACAACUGUGGUUUAUUGUUCUGACUGAAGCUGCCAUCACUCAAUAUCUGACCAUUAUUAUCCCCAACACUGAGCGGAAGUCAGUGUUUUAAGACUGUGGAACAUAAAAACUGCCCACCACAUCCCUGUUGUUGUAAUGUUACUAAUAAUAUUCUUAAUAAUUCAUAUUAAUGACUACCCAUAAGUAACUGCUGCAGUAUUUCACUAUUUUACAAUAAAUAAACACUGAAAUCCAUCACAGAGGUCACUGAACCGGCGGGUGGAUAUUCCAGGGAGGCAGCCGUAACACACUGCUCACAGUUGCUGUGUGUCCAGCCAGUUGGGGAUGCAAAAUGGUAUGGGUUAAAGUAACCUAUUAAGGUCACCAGUUUAUAUUUUACCACAGCAACUUUUAAGAAUUACUGGUUCACCCAUCUAGCAAAUCCAAACGUGUUAUAGGAAUGUUUUAUAAAGUUUUCUAUUGGCUGCCCAGUGUUUGGUACCUCUCUUGUCAAGUUCUCUUGUGUUUGAAGAACAGACUGCAGGGACAUCGCUGCUCAAAAUGCUUUUACUCUAACAUUAUUUCAAAGACUGUUACUGCCAGACACUGUAUGUUCACUGAGAACCACUCAUUGUCAUCUGGAGUCCCAAUAGUGAUGAAGUAAUGUGCUGAUAUGUACUGUAUGAGAUUGUACCAUCAGACGACUAUUAGCCACACUCACACUGAGGGAACAGAAGUGUGGCUCUAGAGUGUUGUAUUAAAAUGAAGAAAAGACAACAACUCA